UACAUAGCGAUAUUAUUCUAUUUUUUUUUUAUUUUUUUUUUUAUUUUUUAUUUUUUAUUACUUACGGUGGAAUAGUUAAAUUUGAGAAAACCUUUUCCAUGUCGACAAGUCAAAGAUUACGCAGUCUUCGUUUAUCUAAAUCACAACGUUCUAAUCAAAAAGUUAAAAAAUCACAACCAGAAACGGCGCUCGAUUUUUUUGAAAGUGCAAUUGAACUAGAAGAAAGUGGUGACCGAUGGAGACUUAACCCAGAAAAGUGUUUGAGGUUUUAUGAAAAAGCUAUAGCUGCAUAUGGAACAUGCUUACAGAAGCAGCCAAAUGAUGCAGAUGCACUUUACAACCAGGCUCGAGUAUAUCUACACAUUGUUAUUCACUGUGAUCCAUUAUAUAGUAACGCAGUGACUUUUCUGUUAACUGCGUUACAACUUGCAACACAAGCCUUGACCAUCAAAGCUAACGAUACGGACUGUUUAUUUAAUAUGGCACAAACGUAUUCUAUGCUUGGGGAAAUCCAACAGGAGCGAGGAAACACCACAGACGCACGUUCAUUUUUAACCGAUGCAUUACGGGUUUCGCAUCAGUGUCUUGAACUCGUACUAGCGAAUCAAGGCAAUGAAGCCACUUCUACAGAAGAUGAUGAAUCGUAUAGGCAGGCGCGUGAAGACAUUAUUGUUUUAAUUUUUCACUUGGCCAGCUUAGUCUGCGAUAGCGACUGGUUGACUGAAGAUGACUAUAGAGAGUUGUCCACAAAAAUCGAGCAAUUAUUACCUCAUUUACAAGACGGAAAUGUGUUGUUUGAAUGGGAACUUGCAAAACGGCAAUGGUUAUUAACGAAGGGCAAAAUUCCAAUCUCAGAUUUCUCAACUUUUUUGCAAUGGUAUGACCAAGAACUAGAAAAAGUGCCUGUUACACAGACGUCAAACCCGCUUGUUGCUAGUUCACAACAAAAACUGCGUUCUGCUCGUGUACAGUUGCUUUGCGACAAGGCUGACGCCCUGCGUGGGUUCGCCGAUGCGUUGCUCCAAAUAGACAAUUCGGCUUCCGGAGUAGCUAAUGCUUGGAACUCUUUAAGCGCCGCUGGAAAAGCGCUCCAGGAAGCAAGCGUACUUGAUCCCAAUCACACACGUAUUUGGAUUUCGCGUGGUGAUUUAGAGCUUCGUCGUGCAGUAAUACCUUUGGACGUCGCACGAAAUUCUUCACAAAUCCUUUACAAGAACGCUCUUAUUUUUUACGAAAAGGCAUUUAAGCUUCAGGCUGCAAAAACGAUUACACGGACAUUUGCCGAAAUCGUCUUAAAACAUUUGCGAGCGCAACAAACACUAGCUCAGCAGCCUACACCUUUAGCUGUUCUGACACCAGAACAGCAAAAAGACAUACUUGAAACUCUUGAUUAGAACGUCUAUUUGUUUAAUCCUUCCCGUUUAAUUGUGCUGUUUUAAUACGCUUCUCUAAUUCGUAAAUUCUGAGAUCAUAGGACUGCAUCAUUUCUUCAUGCGCCUGCCUCGCUUGAACCAAGCUUGAUGCCUCACCACCUAGAAUGAGAUAAAGGACCCCAAAAGUGUAUGUGGAAUUCCACCGUAAUCGUCUGAACGCUCGGAACAUGGAAAAUCCUUUUGCGAGGUCUUUGCAAAUCCCACGGAUUUAGUUCAAAUUGUAACUGAUUUUUUUGGUCCGGUUUUUGGCUUUACUACAACAACAACUCCUGCCUAUAUUGACUUAGAACACUGGCCAACUUGGUGGUUGGUGUAGCGAAACCCGUAGUGGCUUUGGUGGUGGUAAUCUUCUCGGGUAUGGCUCUCUAACAAGCAACUACAGUGCUGAAGGUA